CGGUUCAGCCUCGGAAAGGAGGGGAGGGGGAGGGAAGGAGGCGCUGCCGGAACGCACCCACCGGUGCGGUGAGGCCUCGGGGUCAGGCCCCGCGUGGGCGGCGGGCGGCCCGGGCCGCGGUGGCGCCGUGGCGGGAAGGUCAGUGGGGAAACGGCUGCAGCGUUGUUCUGGGUAGACUUCAGAAAGGCCUGAAGGACGUCGCACCCACCGAGGCCUUGGGGAAAGAUGGUACAGAGCAUGAUUCCGAAGUCAUUGAGAGCCAUGAAGUUCUACUUCACUACCGUAUAUCAGGAAAUAUGGGUUGGUGUAGCAAUAACAGCUUAUAUCUACUACAAAAUUUCGUAUGGUGGCAAAAAAGCAGUGGCAGAUAAGUCCUCUGAUGCUGGCCAGCAUUAAAGACCUCUUCUCUUCUUCGAGUAUGGAUUUUGUUGUUCGUCAUCUUUGCCAUUGUAAAUGAAGCAAGUUACAACCAUAGGGAAUUUAAUUCUAAGACUGUACUUGAUCCAUCUGCUGUAAUUACAGAAAGAAUAAAUUCAUUGAGCAACAAGGAAUUAAACAUGUUGGACAAAGUA